ACAGUUUCAAUGUGUUAGUGAACUGUACGAACGAAGGAGGAUCUCCUGAAAUAGCGUAUAACGUGUAUUAGUAUUAGUAGUAAGCAAAACGGGCAUCGAUCAUUACUAAUACACUCGGUGUGCUGAUGAGUGUUUCGUAAACACUCGUCAUGAGUUGCAAGAAAUGUAUAAGACCGGUGUUGAUUAGUGACGACCCGGUUACUUGUAUGGGUAUAUGCCAUGGUCAAUUUCAUCGAGCUUGCACAAGGCUUACUAAGCCAGCGGCUAAGAUGAUUAACGACAUAGUGAACGUGAAGUAUUGGUGCGAUGAUUGCUUGGAACAAGAAGGCUCAGGUGCAUCAAAAUCCGACGAAAUGCUAGAAAUCAAAGCGAUUUUAGAAAAUAUUAAAUUGUCAAUUGUUGCUAUCGAGGAGAAAAUUAAAACGAGUGUGUGUGAAGUUGUUAGCAUUGGCAUUACCAAUAUGCAGAAAUCUUCGAUAGAUGCUAUUGAAACGAAAUUGGCCAGUAGUGUUAGUGAUGCGGUUAACACCGGCAUCUCUAGCAUUGAGAAAAAAUUAAAUGCAAAAGUUGCAUGCAAUAUGCCACAAAAAACUUGGUAGAAAAAUCUGAUGCAACUUCCCUUAUUUUGCAGGAUACUGAACACACUGAUUCAAUAGGUACAACAGAAUGGACAACUCUAACUCGUAAAAGAAAAAGGACAAAUAGUGGAAGGAUGGAAACUCCUAGAAAUACCAAACUUCCCAAUGUCUCAAAAAUAGAUAAUCAAGUAAAAAACAAUACUGGGACUUUAAUAAUUAUACCAAAGAUAGAUCAAACUUGUGACAAAACUAGAAGCGACAUGAGAGCGAAUUUGGAUCCAAGAAUACAUAAAAUAACAAAUUUCCGUAAUGGUAAGCCUGGUCAAAUUAUUGUUGAAUGGGCUUCACAAGAAGGGAUUGACCAUAUAAGAAAAGAAAUACAGACAUCUUUGGGUGAGAAGUAUCUAACUUCCUUGCCAACUAGAAAGUUCCGUAUUAUCGGUUUGUCGGAAAAUUACAAAGAAGACGAAAUGGUAGAUCUCAUCAAAACGCAAAAUAAUGGCUUUUCAACAGCGUACAUCAAAAUUUUGGGAAAAUUUGAAAAAGCUGACUAUAAAUACAAAAAGUAUAAUGUCAUAAUUGAGGUGGAUCACGACACAGCAAUUUACUUAGACAGAGAAAAAAAGAUUAAUAUUGGAUUUGAUAGAGUCUACAUACACGAAUCUUUUCAUAUCAUGAGAUGUUUUAAGUGCGGACAAUUUGGUCAUAAGAGCACAACAUGUGAUAAUGAAGAAACUUGUUCCAAAUGUAGUGGUAAACAUAAAACAUCAGAUUGUAAGUCGUCAUCUGAAAGCUGCAUUAACUGUUCCACCCAAAAUAUGCAAAGAGGAUUAAAACUGAACACUGCUCAUUCAGCCUUCAGUAAAGAAUGUCCCACGUUUAAAUGGUUAAAAUCAAGAAAACAGCAAUUGAGUAAGUAGCAAUUGCAGAAUAAACAAAGUAAGAACAUACAGAUGUUAUACAUGAAUGUGGCUGGAUUGUCGUCUAGUCACAUAAUGUUGAAUCAUAUUGUACAAACAAUUCAACCUUGGUUAGUGUUUAUAACCGAAACACACAUUGUGGAAGCUGAAGCUUUCGAACAGUUUGGAAUUCCUGGAUUCACGGCAAUUUCAUGCUUAUCCAAUUCUCGACAUACUGGAGGUGUGACUAUAUUUAUAAAAGAGUCGAUAACUUACAAAAUUUUAAUUAAUGAAGCUCGCGAUGGAAACUGGUUUUUAUCAAUUUCAGCGACAAUAAGUAAGAAAUCAUUCAUAUUUAGUCUAGUGUACCAUUCACCAAGUUCUAGCAAUGCCCAUUUUGUUAAUUUACUCGAAUGGUGGUUUGAUAAAUUUCUUGAUCUUGGAGAAGACAACAUUCUAAUAGGAGAUUUUAACAUCAAUUGGUUGAACUCCGCAGAAUCUAAACCACUGAGACAGCUAAUGGAAUCUUUGAACAUGAAUCAGAUUAUUACUGAGGAAACUCGAAUAACUCAGCGAAGUAAAUCUCUAAUAGAUCAUGUAUACUGCAAUCAUAACUCAUUCAUAGCGAAGACUGAUCCUACAUUGAAAAUAGCAGAUCAUGAAACAAUUGUUCUAACUUUACAAAAAUGCAACGUUUCAUUAAACAAUAAAAAAACAUUUAAAAGUUGGAAAAGAUACAGUAAAGACAAAAUAUGUUCAUCUGUGAAUGUUAAUCUACCAAUCACAAAUUUAUGUUUGCAUGAUAAAGCACACCGGCUAGAACAAGUAAUAAAAAAUAGUAUAGCUCAACUCAUUGAUGUUGCUGUAGUAAAUAAUAACAAUUAUCAAAAGUGGUACACCGGGGAUUUACAAUGUAAAAAGCAGCGCUUGGACAAACGCUACUUCACAUUUUUAAAAACCAAUUCAGAGUUAGACUGGUUAUCUUAUAAAACCAGUAGAAAUUGCUACCUACGUGAGCUCAGAAUGACGAAAAGAAAUUAUUUUG